CCUUUAUGAAACACGUCAGAAUUUAAACAAAUAUGGCGGACUCAGGAAAUUCGGAAGCGGGAAGCGGAUUUUUAUCCAAAUUUUUGUCUGAAUUGUUUGGAAGUCCGCUAAAUCUGGCUUUAGUAGGCGUUUGCUCAUUUCUUGUUUACAAAAUAUGGUCAAGCAGAAGGAAGCAUGACCCACCUACGCCUCGGGAACCUGAACUUCCACCUCUGAAAAAGCAAGAUUUCACACACGAGCAGUUGCGAGAAUAUGAUGGAAAAGCAAAGGAUGGACGUAUCCUGAUCGCUGUUAACUGCAAAGUGUUUGAUGUCACGAGAGGAAAACGAUUUUAUGGCCCAGGUGGUCCAUACGGCAUCUUUGCGGGCGAUGCAUCUCGGGCCCUGGCCACGUUCUCUCUAGGAGAGGAGGCACUGAGGGAUGACUACGAUGAUCUCAGUGAUCUCAACAGCAUGCAGAUGGACUCAGUUCGUGAAUGGGAAAUGCAGUUUACAGAAAAGUAUGUGUAUAUUGGUAAGCUGUUGAAGCCCGGAGAGCUCCCCACUGAGUACACAGACACGGAGGAUGAGGUCAAUGAGGACAGUAAAGACAAAAAGGAGAAGAAGACGGAUUGAUUGUGUGUAUUCCUGAGUAGUUAGAUGCUGCGAUCAGGUUGUCCGGCCAGCAGUGGCUGCAGCAGCAGCAGCAUCUCCUGACUGAAUGACUGACUGACCAACUCGGCCUCCUCCCAAUACCGGGAUCUCCAUCCCGACAUUAAUGGAAGGAUCUACUUGUUAGGGUUGUAACGAUUCAUGAAGGUCCAUUUCGAUAUUUAGUGUCAUGAUAAGGUUGUGUAUAUCUGUACAAAGUACAACAUACAACUAUUAUGCUUAUUGAUUCAUAUAAACUGGUAUGCAAUAAUUAAAAUGAACAAAUAUAUUUUUGUCCGAGUUCUCAAACUGUUGUCUUAGUGGCAGAUGAAGGGCAGUGGGUAGUGCUUGAAAUGUAUUGGUGUCACCGUAGGUCUGGGUUGAUAUCCUAUGAUGCUACAGUGUGUCAAGCCUAUUCCUGGUGUCCUGUGUGAUGAUGGUGUGGUAAUAUUGCCAAAAGAUGUGUAAACUGUACUUGCUUACUCGGAAUGAGGCCCUAGUCAGUUAGAGUCUUGGGUCCCGAUCCGCAACCGUUCGUCACUUUACAACCUGUUUUAACUCUAUAGUUUACCAUUGGCUUACGAAUGUGGUUCGGGACCCAGGUCCUGUAAUUCAAAAUCCACCUUUUGUGUAGAAUCAAAUUGAGUUGAUUUCUGUUUGUAUCAUAGCAUGCAUUGUAUCAUAACCUUAUCGAUCUACUUAUUGUAUGGCGACCUUAUCAAGCAUUGUAUUG